AUGGCGCAACUGCUGGAUUAUGACACCGUGGAUUUGCCCCUCCCUAGAGCAAACAACGCGGCGGUUCUCCCGUGCGAGAUUCUCCUACAAAUAUUCUUCGCCAGUAUCCCCGCCUCGCACGAAUACGACCACUCAAUCUCACAAGGCAGGAACUCCUCUUGGAGCCGGCUGUUGCUUGGGACCAGGAGGUCGCUCCCUUGCGUAUGCCGCGCCUGGAAUGGCCCUGCCACAGAGGUAUUGUAUUUCGACAUCACCCUCCGUCGCGUAGGGGUCGUCCAAGCUCUUGCGAACACUUUGCGCUCAUGCGUCACGGACCCCGGCUCUCACGAACAUGGGGUACGCGAGCGCGAUCUCUCUAGCCUGAUAAGGCACAUUGGAAUGGACGCGUUCCCCGUUCUUGCCCAGGACGUCGAUGCCGUUAAACAGGAUCUGGCGUUCAUUCUCCUUCGCUGCACUAGGCUUUCCACCUGCCAUUUCCACACCAGCUCCGCAUUUUCCAUGUUAGAAUACGCCAACCAACUUGCAGAGUAUCAGCUGGUGGAAUGUACGCCUUCCUGGCUGCUCCCACUGGUGAUGGUUGUUGACGAAAACCAAGAAUCUCAGCUCAUGCUACUCCCAGAGAGCUCGGUCAACGGCGCCUUUCGGGAGCGACUCAGCUCUAGCCUACGCGCGCUGGACGUGCUCUCGUCUGAUCCCGUCGAUCGCUGCUGGAGGUGCGAGCUGCAUAUCGGGGACAUCCAUCCACUCCUCGGUGUUGCCGUCAACACCCUGGUAUCUCUUCGGCUAGGGCGAUUCUUCCUCGACCAUGACUUCGAUUUUCACCGACCUGUAUUGGUGUUCGAUGCGCUAGAAGAACUCUACGUGUACUACAGCCUCCCUGGCGUCUCGCACUACAUGUGCACGGCGUGGGUCCUGCCUCGUCUUCAAAAGCUCACGCUGCUACAGUGCGAGUCGUGGCGAACGGAGCCUCCCGAUGAGGUACUUCGUACUCACGGCCGCCAACUGCGGUACCUACAUAUCUACCCCGGGCUUCUCGGGUGGCCGGACGAGUUCGCAAGGUCUAGCGACGAUACCGCGCUCCUACUGGCGGAGCUGUGCCCGGUGCUUGAGCACGUCGUCCUCGCCAGCAAGCCCGCGCAUCCCCUUCCCCUGCACCACCCCACCCUGCGCUACAUCGACGUAUGGGCGAACGAGACCGGCUACGAGGAGGACGCGCACAUCCCACCCAAUAUCGCAGCGCUGCUCCGCGCGGUGGUCGUGGACGAGGAACUCGCACGGCUGCCGAGCUUGCGGUGUGUGCGCAUGCUACUCUCGUGCUAUGAGCCCGCAGGGCUCGCGUCGAACCUCCUCGCGCCGGAACGUCACCCGGACUGGCCGAUCGUGUGCCAUCCGGCCGCGUUUGACGGGUCGGACGAGGACGUGUUUUUCCGUGUCUUCUUGGGAAACUGGGCCGUGCAGACACGGUGGGGCGUGCUAUCGCCCUCGCGCGACUUGUGCCUUCGUAAAGGGACGUACCCAUGCAGCGAGGCGGAGAGAUCGGACGACUCGUCGCUCGGAUCAGAAGUGACUGUUGGCGAUGGGGAGACGAUGGACGUGGAUAUGCAUUUGGAGUUGCCUGAUGAGAUGCAGCCGGACGAGGAUAUGCUGAACGCGGUGCUGGAAGAGCAGGGUCUGGCGUACAGCGCUGACGUUGCUGAAGCAGAUUACGUUGGCGGGUACUUGGACUCCGACGAUGAUAGUGAUUCAGGUUCUCGGAGUACAAGCAGCAUGUACAGCGACGAUUACGACUCAGACCUUCCUUGAUAUGAUUCUACGUUUCGACCGUUUCACAAAUAGCCAUGAAGAGAACAGCGUUUGUAAUUGUUGGACAAUAAUAUACAA